AUGUGCGACCAGUCUCAACGUGGCAGCUUUAUUGUUCCUCAAGAUGAAGAAAACAAAUCGUCCAUUUUUACACACGCUUUCGAUUUGAGAAAGUCGGACACAGCCGAUCCCGAGAUUGCACUUUACAAGGUGGAAGAGACAGGGUACUAUUGUGUUGCUAUCCUACCGUCAAAUCCGGGUAACGGCACUGCGGCUUACUUUGAUUCUUGGAUUGAGAUGAAAAUGCCAUACGGUAACUUGCCAGCAUCGGAUUAUCCAAAGCUAUUGUUUUACGGUAUAUUCGCCCUUAUUUAUCUCUGUGUCGGUCUCUUUUGGGCUGUUCAAUCGUACCGUUAUUGGCAGGAUAUUCUGCCAGUUCAGCAUUUCCUCUCGGGCACUAUAUUCUUCUUGACCGUUGAAAUGGCUGUGAACUGGGGUUUUUGGGAAGCAUACAAUCAAACUGGAAGUGCUUCAUUACUGAGCGCAGGACGAAACAGUAUGUCCUUCUUUAUGCUGUUAGUCGUCUGUAUGGGCUAUAGUGUUGUGAAACCGAGCUUGGGUUCGACCAUGAAACGAUGCGUCAUUCUCGCAUUGACCCACUUUUUCUUUGGUGUGGUCUAUUCCCUCGGUGUGAUGCUGUUGUCGCCUGAAACGGCUGGAUUCCUUGUUCUACUCGUCAUCUUUCCAUUGGCAAUAACCAUGUCCGCGUUUUAUGUUUGGAUUUUCAGCUCACUUACUGCUACUAUUCAAACACUUGAAAUGCGCAAGCAGCAUGUCAAGGUUCUCAUGUAUAAGCGUGUACACCGUCUUUUAAUCUUUUCGGUCAUCAUGGUCGUCGUGAUUUUUAUCCUAAACAUGUUUGGAUUCUCCGGAAGAAAUGAAGUGGACUGGGCAGCCAAUUCCUGGAAGUGGCGAUGGAUCAUGCUGGACGGUUUGCUCAACGUGCUUUAUUUCGCCGUGUUUUUCAUAAUCAUCUUGCUUUGGCGUCCUACCAACAACAACCAGCGAUAUGGACUUCAGCAGAUCAGUCAGGAUGAGGAAGAGGCUAUGGAUCUGGAGAAUCAACUUCAGCAUUCCGAAGGAUUGGGUAGCCGAUCUAACCAUCCUCACGGACGUGGUAUGGAGGAUGAGACUGCCAUUUUUGAAGUCGGCGAUGAUGAUCUAAGUGAUGAUGAUCACGACAAGGUUCGUUUGGUGAGCGUCUCUGGCCGAAAGAGUGCCGAUCGAUCUCAUCAUCAUCAUCAACAACAACAGCAACAGCAACAGCAAGAGAAUGGAUCUUCUUCAUCACCCCCAGCAUAUACUGAGCACCGUGCUACUGCCAACACUCGUGAUAAUAACGAGAGCAACACCUUGCUGAACAGACAAGAUGAUACAGAUGAUGAUGACGAUGAUGACCAGUAA